CGCUGAUCUAGUUACCCACCACGGUAGCUUGCUAGCCAACAUAGCUAAAACGUUAAAGCUCAUCAGACACUGUCGUUGUGUAUUAGCCACUGUUUUAAACACACUUCUAUCGUAUAGCUAGUUGUCGCAUUUAAUUUCAUUUUACGUUGCUAGUAGUCAUCUAGCUGACUGGUUAAAUUAGCAGUAGCACUAGGCUAGUCAUUAAUGCUAACCAGCUAGUUACCUAACAUCUCCGACCAUGAGCUCACUAAGCUACUUACCCCCUGCUGAAGAAGAGGAGGAGGUCUGCUGGACGGUGAAAGAGGAGAAGGAAGAGGAGGCUGUCACCGUCAAAAAAGAAGUAGCGGGUGAAGCCGUUACAGUGAAAGAAGAGGAAGAAGCUUUCAGAGUGAAAGAAGAGGAGGAGGAUGCAGAUUUUGGAGUGAAGGAGGAAGGGGAGAUUACUGUCACAUUGGAGGAAGAAGAGAAGACAGGAGAUCUGAUGAACACCAGAGCGAUAUCAGACUCUCACUCUGACAGAAUAAAUAGUCCUUCAGGUGAACCCGAUCCAGAGACGUCCAAACCAGUGAGACGACACCACUGCUCCCAGUGUGGAAAAAUAUUUAUUCGGUUAAAGCACCUGAAAGAACAUAAGAGAAUGCACACAGGGGAGAAGCCUUAUCACUGCUCCCAGUGUGGAAUGGGUUUUGGACACUCAGGGUAUCUAAAAGUGCAUGAGAGAACACACUCUGUAGAGAGACCUUUCCAAUGCUCCCAGUGUGGCCAGAGAUUUAUCCAGUCAUCACAUCUGAAAGAGCAUGAGAGAAUACUACACACAGGAGAGAAGCCUUUCCAAUGCUCUCAGUGUAAAAAGAGUUAUACCAAGUUAGGGAACCUGAAAAUGCAUGCGAGAAUACACACAGGAGAGAAGCCUUUCCACUGCUCCCUGUGUGAAAAGAGUUUUACCUAUUUAGGGAUACUGAAAAAGCAUGAGAUGACACACACACGAGAGAAGCCUUUCCAAUGCUCCCAAUGUGGAAAGAGUUUGACAGAACACACACAGGAGGGGACAAGACCUAACAUUGUUAAGGCCACGGAAUAACCACCUCCAAAAUGAUUGACACCCUUGAUAAAGAUGUGUAUAAGAUCAAUAAUACUAAUACUGAGCUAUAUUGUAUGCUGACUU